AAAUGUGUAUAGACUGUGAGUUUGGGGAUGCGCUUGCUAAAUUUUUCUGUAUCCUGGUGAUGUUAGGUUUUACAUUAUGGGUUGGCUAUAUUCUAGUUGCUCUUCCUUGCUACGAAUGCAGGGGCGAUUCCACAACUCGAUGCUACAAAUUUAACUCAACGAACAAUGCUGCUUUACGCACUUGCUUUAGGAAAUCCUGUGUUAUAUCAUGCAAUCGCAAAAAUUCGAGGUGGCAUAUUAUUCGGACUUGCAUGGACAUUGAAGAUGCCCUGCAAUGUAGAGAGCAAGCCAAGUCAGCAGGCAAUAGUGAGAAAAAGUGCCUUGUUUGUGAUCAGACUCUCUGUAAUGGGAUGCCGAACGCAUGCAGUCAGAUGAAUGUUAAUGGAUGAUGAAUCACCAUGAUCAAUUUUAUUAUCAAAGCAAUACGCAGGUUUUUUUCUUGAAAGAAAUAUGCUAUCUUUCUUUCUGGAAAUCCUGAAACAGAAGUGUGGCAGCUACGUGAAUGUACAGCUUUUGCAGACUUUAAAUAUUUUGUUUGAAAAUAUUCGUAAUGAAACUUCUCUUUAUUACUUGCUCAGUAACAACCAUGUGAAUUCCAUAAUUGUUCAUAAAUUUGAUUUCUCGGACGAAGAAGUCAUGGCGUAUUACAUAUCAUUCCUGAAGACUUUAUCUUUAAAACUGAAUGUACAUACUGUGAAUUUCUUCUAUAAUGUGCACACGAAUGAUUUUCCGCUGUACACGGAAGCAAUUAAAUUUUUUAACCAUCCUGAGUCAAUGGUUCGAAUUGCUGUGAGGACAUUAACGCUCAAUGUAUAUAAAGUAGGAGACAAGUCGAUGUUAUCUUUCAUCCGGAACAAAACAGCUGCUCCAUAUUUCUCCAACCUCGUCUGGUUUAUCGGCAGUCAUGUGCUAGAGUUAGAUGCUUGUGUCUCCAAUGAUGCUAACAAUCAAAACCAAAUCCACUGCCUUGCAGACCUGGUUGCAGAGCACCUGGACCAUCUGCACUACCUCAACGACAUCCUGACUCUAGAUAUAUCAGAUCUAAAUGAGGUGCUCAAUGAUCACCUUCUUAACAAACUCCUCACUCCUCUUUACAUCUUCUCGUUAAUACCUGAUGAUCAGCUCAAACCUGCACAAACCAGUAAACCGCGCAUGAGUACAAUUGUCUCACUUUUCCUCUUGUCACAAGUCUUCCUCAUCAUCAGUAUGUAUCCUUUAGUUCGAACCCUGACAGAGAUCAUUCUCCAAGGAAGCCUAGAUAUUUUUGAACACGACGAAGAUUCGCCUGUCUCCAACAAGCUUAUCAUACCAAGUUUUGUGCCUCCACCCAAAACACUAGAAGAAUCGUUAGAUAGUGCAACGACUCCAAGUACAAGCAUAGUCUCGACAACAGAAUCCAACGUUUCUAACAUCACGGAUGAAGAAAAGGAGCAAAUUCUUGCCCAAGAGCUUCAGACAGGCUUCUUUUUUGAAACUAUCAUCAAAGCACUCAGCUGUGAAGAAAACGACCAUAAAGCGCUCUUUGCUUUGUGUCUUUUGCACUCAAUAUCUUGUAACAAAGGUAUCAAUCAAGACUUACUAGCAGGUACUCUUAUUGCAGGACCCAGUGAAAAACCAAAAUAUAAUACUCGGCUUGUAGAAAAACUAAUUGAAAUCAUGUCUUUAAGUUGUCAACCAAGAAGCGGUAUCAGAUUAGUAACCCUUGAACUGACAAUAGCUUUACUCAAACGACUUGUGGUGCUGAAUGGCAGAUCAAUUCUACAAGAUGCUCAUUUUGCAGCUGUGAUUGACGCCAAAGAGGAAUCUAUUCAAUUAGCUCAGACUUUUUUCAAGAAUGAUGAUGUUUUCCUGGACACAUUUGAGGAUGAAUACACUGAUAUGAAAAAGAAACCAUUAAAUGUUGAGUUUUUGAUGAUGGAUUCAAAAAUUCUUCUUUCACCUUCCACCACUUGCACUCCCUUAACUGGUAUAGAAUUUAGGAAACGUCUUCCCUGUGGAAAUGUUGAAAGGGCAAGGCGUGCUAUCAGGGUAUUUUUGUUGAUUCGGGAGUUCAGUUUAAUGCUAACUGGAGAAAUGGAGCUUCAACUGCCUCUGACGGACAGGAGCAACUGUUAUCAAGUUAACUCUGCCCUAGAUUUUAAUAACGCUGACUUAAUUCAUUGUAUAUUCAUCGGUAAAGACGGCAACAAAGCUAAACGGUUCCUCGUAAUUGACUCAACUCAUCUAAUCCUGAUCGAGCCAGACUCACGAUUAGGUUGGGGAAUUGUCAAACUGGCAGCUUUUCUACAGGACAUAGAGGUUGUUGGUGAUAAAGAAAAUCCGCAGUGUCUAUCAGUCACAAUGCAUCACUCAACAUCUGGAGCUCUGACUGCCAAAUUUAUUUUUGAUGAUCAUGUCAGAUGUAUGGCUGCUAAACAAAGAUUAACCAAAGCCAGGACCAUCGCUAGAGUGCAAAAACUGAACCAACUGGCCAGAUUGUUCGAUCUACCUGUCCAAACUACUCACUCCUCGCCUGGUUCACGAAUGUUCUUCCGCCAUCCGCGAUCUGGCGGAAGGAGACUCCCCGGUUUUGCUGCUCCCAUCAAAGUCCCGUCUAGUUCCUUUGCUGCAGCAAAGAAUGGCAGUUCUAAUGGUCAUUGUCGAAGUUUGUCUAGCUCUCCAAAACCGUCCACAACCUAUUGUCCCAAUGAAGACAUUCCCUUAGAAAAUAUUGCUUUAAAGACAAUUAAUCCAGCAAACGUGGCCUCAUCUGUGGAAGAACAAUCUGAGACCAGCAAUGCAAGCUCCAGCCAAGAUGCACCUGUGAAUGAUACAGCAGAACCAUCAGACCUUGAAACCUCUUUCAGUCAGAUUUCUGUCUCCAGCAAGAAAACUGCGCGACGGAAAGGAAAAGUAGAAACAGUAUGAGACGGGGUUCGUAAACUCCGUCGAGGGUUAUUCAGCUUCUAGCUCAUAUAUUGUACAUUCAUCAUAAUGUACUCUUUUAAUGACUGAACUGCAAAAAUAUGUACCUGGCUCUCAGGCUGUGAGUUCAAGAGCAGAUCUUUCUGUGUAAUUCUACACCAUGAAUUUUCAUUUCAACAGUAUAUCUGUAGAUUCUUUUGAAAAAAAAAAUUGAGGUAAAUUAACAUACUUCAACUUACGAUUUUCCAAGCCAUGAAACUUCAUGAAAGUUCUUGAAUUAUUGCAAAGAUGUAGGUAAAUUUUCAUAAAAAAUAAUUGAUGGUAAAUAAAGGAUUAUAAAGCACUGAUGAAGAUUGAACUAGAUUUAAUUGAUUGAAAUUGGUUUGUAUUGAACUAGCAGCCAUAUUUAUUUUUCAGUAUUAUUGUACAGCCCAGAAAUAUUUGAUAAUAUGUUGUCUGGAUUAUAAAUUUUCUUUUUGUGCUUUCAACUAAACUUAUAAGAGAGGGAAUAGUCAAAGAAAAGCCAUAGGUCAGCCAAAAAACAUAAUUGCUUGAGAUUCUAAAUCAUGAAUCAAUUUCUUUUCAGGUAUCCGAUUAAACAUGAUUUCAGUUAAAAAUGUAGCUUAUAAGAUGAGCUCAUCUCACAUAAAAAAGGAAUUUUUGAUAACCAUUUUUUUCUUGUAAUAUUUUUGGUUGAAAAUAGUUGCUGAAAAGAAUACAGUAAGGGAUUCCUUUCUUUUUUUUUUUCAAAAAAAAAAAAAAAAAAUCCGUGUCUUUCAUUUCACACUAUGCAAUACAUCACAAAGUAUCUAAGCAAGAAUAGCUCGUGCACCAUCAACUUCUCCUUUCCCCCGCAAACUGUGUAAGGCUUAUUUUCUUGCCUCAGAAAUAUCAUAAGUGUAAAUGAGUCACUCUUGACAGAAUAUUAUUUUUAUUCUAAAGUGACUUUUACUCUCAAUUCAGAAUCCAAAGAAUUUUGAGGUGGAAAAUUGUUUCUACACACAAGAAUGCACCAACUUACUUAUUCAUUUGAUUUCAGUGACAUGUAUUGGAAUAGUGGGCCGUCUGAUUUCUAUUUUUUUACGGAUUUAUUUUGUAUUAGGUGAGUCGGCAAAAACUGAAUGGACAAGGCCAUGCACAAUGAAAACAUAAAAUUAUAAAGUGAAAAAUAGGAUAUUGUAUGCAGUCUUUGUAAGGCACUGUUCAUUUUUAUUGCCAACAUGUUACAAAUGCUUUUUUGUGCGAUGGAGAAUUUCAUCAUAUUCACCGUUAGUUCCCAAA